AGCUGCUCUGCCACUCAAACGGUCCAGUACGUUUGCCGAAGUUUGAUCUUGAGAGCUUUUUACUUAAAUUGAUUCGCUCUUCCGCGGAGUGCCGACUUCCGCGAUGAUAAUUCAUGGGCUGGGGACCGUGAUUGUCAUCGCGACAAUCGCGGCCGGUGCCGUCAUCACCGGGCCCAUUACAACACGACUACCACAAGAAUCCAACUUCAUUGAUGCCAGCCAUGGAACUCCGAUUGAUAAUACAAUAAUGACCACUGUCCAACCCGCUCAAUAUCCUUUGAUUACUUGUUUUUGCAACAUGCCAGAAUGCUUAACCCCUACCGGUGGUGAAGGUGUCUGCUCGACUCGUUUAGGAUGUUUUUCUGAAGUUCGCACAGUUCUUCCAGAAAUGGAAGCGCCUGAUGCGAAACCUCAGGAUUUCACAGUAACUGGAUCUGCCGACUCUGUCAAUGGCUCUGAAGUUUUCCCAAAUAUACCUAAACUUGAUGCUGAAACAGUAACACCGCGUGUCAUACCACCUUCUUCCGAGAGAGGAUCAUACGGCUGCUUGGAUUUAUUACAUUAUUCAAAGAAACCUUGUGAUGAAAUCUUAAAAUCAAUGGAAUCGGACGCUUCUGAAUUCCCAGUCAUCCAAGCUCCUUCCAACAAUGCCCAAUCUGCUUCUAACAACGCUCUCAUUUUCGCUUUCCAUUGCUGCCAGACACCAAGGUGCAAUGGAAACCAAUCUGGCCCAGCAGAAGGUUCGGUCAAGUCAGCCCAAGCCGUACUCAUCGCUGCAUUAAAAACUUACCUCGCCUUGACUGUAGAACCGAGCACUGAAAACGAACGGAAUACUACAGCGCAGAAAGAAAUUACUGAAAAAUUGGCUGCAAAGUACGGAUUAACCAGUACUCAGCUUAAUAAGGAAAUAAUGGUCCUGGAGGGUCCUUCAAUGAUCGCUUUGGGUGAACCUAAACCUCCAUCUGCCCUCAAAUCCGAGACCUCUGAUAAUGCAGAAAUCGGGUCCACAACUCCUGCUGCCCUCGCUGCCCCCGCUGCUCCCGCCACCAUCGCCACUCCCGCCGCCAUCGACGCUCCUGCCGAGCCCGCCGCCAUCGUCGCUCCUGCCGAGCCCGCCGCGAUGCAACCGAUAUUGCCUGAUGUCGAACUGGUUCAGCAGGAAUUGCCUCAAAAUGCCACUGUUGGAAAUUUGGAGCACGUUGUUGUCAAACGUCACGACAGCCAAAGGGUCGCGCCGGUCGUGAAGCAGACCACCGACGACCUGCAGAAGGUCACACACACCGGAGACUUCGACGACGACAUCGCGGCCGAGGUUGCAGCCGCUAUCGCCACCGCUAAGUCACACCCUAUGCACGACCAGCACUCCGGGUCAUCGUGGGCUCCUCGUCACGGCGGCGUGCCAGAUUUCGUACCACCUCCGGUCUUGCAGAAGGAUAACGACUCCUACUUAUCGUCCUACGUCAACAACAACUUCCUUAACGAGGACAAUGACAUAAACAAUUGGAUGCUCGGCAUAACCUGUGCCAUUGUUAUAGCGUGCAUAGUUGGCCUGACCCUGUUGAUAAUGUCUGCGUUAAGAAUGAUCCGCAGAUCGGACAUAUUCAGAAACUACCAGAGUGUGUGCAGCAACCCGGGCCAGCCGUGCGCGUGCACACCCCGCUCGAAGCCGUUCUCGUCAAGUCUGAACGCCGCGGCCGCCGCGCUACAACGGGGCUCCACCACCGCGCCGCUGCUGCCACCACCCAACCCCGGCCGCAAGAACCGCGGCGGCGGCCACGCCAACGCCGGCGCAUCGUACAACGACUCGAUGGGCGACACGACCUACGUGCUGACUCGCAUACCCAACAACGUGGCGCCGCUCAUACCGGUGGUCCGCCGUUAGCGUUCCCCACAAGUUAAGUAUGUCCAAAGCGCCCGCACAGGAGAGACCGUACCUAUUAUUGUUGUCAUAUGUUAUAUUAUAUUGUGUUAUUGUGUGCGCUAUUGAUAUAUACAUAUAUACACAUAUAUAUUACUAUUACGUUAUAUUGUGUGUGAUUACGUAUAUGAUCGUUGUGCCGAAAAUGACGAGAGCAUUAUAUUAUAAUGAUAUUAUUGCGAUCGCGUCAUUUCCGCGUUUAUAUUAUAUAUAUAUAUAUAUAUAUAUAUUUAUAUAUACGUGAUACGCAUAAUAUUAUAUAUAAUAUAUUAUAUUGUUAUACACAGAGAUAUAGAUAAUAGGUAUAUUAUUAUUUUGUUAUUAUAAAUCGCGUGUUCUUUGGAUAAGACUGAUGAGAUCAUUUUUUUUUCUUCAUUUUAUUAUCAUAUAUUAUUUGACCGUUAAGGACCGAACAGGUUAGCUUAUUAGAUUAAUAUACAUAGGUUAUAGAUUACAAUUAUUAUUUUAACUAUUAGUUGUUAUUAUCGACUAUACAGUAAGCCUGGGACGGGUACACGGGACAUAUUAUUUUUAUCGCCAUAAAACCGAAAGUUUAUAAAAGUUGCAACGUAUAUAGAUAAAACGCUUUCGCCUAAGAUCGUUUAUUUUUAUGGUCAUUGGAAUAACUUAAGAGUAAAAUCACCUAUUACAAAAAUUAUAGAGGAUAAUAUAUUAAAUUAUUUUGGCAACAAAAUUAAAAAAAAAAUUAAUAAUUAUUUUUAAAAAAAGGUCGAGAAUAGCCAACUUAUAGUUUAUUUUUUGAAACAUAUUGAUGUCGACAUUUUAUUUUCAUUGAUCUUGUGAUUUUUAAUAUUUUUUCGAGAGACAUUGUGAAUUAUUCAUGCAAUACCAUAAUAUGGCUGCAGUGUUAUAAAACAUAUAAAAAUACAAAAAUGUUCAUAAAACUAAAAAAAAAUAUUUAAAAUCAUUGUGCCAAUAAAAAUAAACUGCAAAAUGGCUAUCAUCGAAUUGAAAAAAAUUAAUUUUUAUCUUUUACCAAGACUAAUAUAUUAAAGGUGUAAAAGUAAUUCAAUUAAAAUAAUAUGAAAUACUUGUAGAAAAGGACUGUAAAAAAGUCUCUACGAGCCUUAAAAAAAAAACUUAACUAUAAAAUCUCUGUUAUUUCAAAAGGGCUGCAUACGAACUGAGUCCCAGUAUAACCUUUUUUGACGAAUUGAGUCCUGGGUUGUUUAAGGGUAUAUACCAAUUGAGUCCAGUGAAAUUUUAGGUAUAAUACUAAUUGAGUCCAUGUUUUAAUACUAACUGAGUCCCGUCAAACUAAAAAAAAAAACAUUUUCCUUCCCAUUUUCUGUCUAUUUAUUAAAUUUUCACUCGGUUGUUCAUGAUUAUGACUAAUAGAUUUCUCAACUAUAGUAUUAAAUUCAUUUAAUUUAAAAAAUGACUUACAGUUAUUUUUGCAACAAGUCCAGCGUUGGUGAUUAUUGGCUAAAUUCUUGUGAAAAUGAAAUUUGUAUCCGUCGAUUACAAAUAUAGUUUUAUUUCUUUCACUUAGUAUAACUUCAUCCAUGAUGCUUAGUGUACCUCGUAAACUAGUGUGUAAUAUAAUAAAAAAAAAAUUCCAAGUUGAUAUGAACAAUAUCAGUAGAUAUCGGUAAUUAUUUUACUAGCGACGAUAGAAAUAAAAUCUAAAAUUCCCGGCCUAUACUAUAAUAAUAUAUUACUAUAUCAUCUGAUGAAAGUCAUAAAAAUGAUAUGAACGAAAUGUAUAUAUAGUAUUAUAUACGUAUUACGUAUAUUGUACAUCCAUUUUGACGCCCGGCACGGCUGUGCGGCAUAAUUUUCGCUUUGUCUGGACUCGAACGGUUGAUUUUAUAUUUUACUCAAAAUAAUCCUCGGACUCAAUUAGUAUAUAUUAUCUCGUUAGUACCCAGGACUCAAUUAGUAUAUAAUUUUUUUUCCCUUCAGGUAUAGGGACUCAAUUGGUAUACAGCGUUCAAAAGAUAUCGCGAUGUGUAGGUAAAUCCUCGCGGGUCGCUGUAUAUAACACACACAUAUAUAUAUAUAUAUAUUACCAUGAUUUAUACUGACGUUGAUCUCUAUAGUCGUGUGUAUUUUGUGUGAUCGUCGACUAAAUAAAUCGAUAGGCAAACGACAACGCGAAACUAUUAAACAAUAUUUCCAGACGGCUUGAUUCGAGAUUUUUGAAACUUUUCCGUUGUUAACCGUAUUAAUGAAGUGACCGAGUAUCCCCAGUCUUACGGUACUUAUAUAUAUAUUGGAAUUAUUUUUAAACGAAUACGGAGUGUGCUGGGAGAUUAACCCCAAUAUGACGAUCCUUCUAGAUCGUGAUGUAUUUACAUAUAUAUAUAUAUAUACGGAUCGUUUCGUUCGCGUCAUGCCUAUUAUCUCGACGCCCCUUCUGGCACCCCCACCCGUCGUGCGAAUUAAUGCGCGUCCUUUUUAUUAUUAUAUAUUAUAAGUAUAUACAUUUUAAUUUUCAUAUGAUUUCUAAUAACGUUUUACGUGGCUUGUUUACGUCGAUUAUUUAUCGUUCACUAACAAGUGAUUUAUUAAUAAUUACGUGUAUAUAUUCUCAAUUGCAUACUGAUUUUAUUAUAUCCACGUAUGACAAUCAUCAUUGAGGUACUAUUAUAAUAUAAACUAUCACUGCAGAGUUCCGUGUGGACUGUGUGGUGAGUGUUAAUUUUUUUUUAUUUUUCAUAAUUUAAGGGUAUACAUAUUCAACUAAAUUUAGUUACAAACAAAAUCGGCAUGCCAUGCGAUAAUUCAUUUUUAGAUUUAUAAUAAUAAUAUAAUCGUUAUACUUUUGUACACAUUUAUCAUAUUAUUGACGCGUCACACGCGUGGUAAAACGCUGAUACAGCUGUAGGCCCGCGCCUACAAUUUCGAUCGUAUCGUUUUCAAAUUUAUAUUUUUUUUAUCUCGUUAUCUUAUAAUAUUUUAUGAUUUUUAAUAAUGGAUAAUGGAGAGAAAUUUAUUGGGAGAGAGAUAGACAGAGACAGAUAUAGGAUAUUUUGAGAGGGAGAACUUUUCAUUUUCAAUCAUUAUCGAAUUUUUAUAUUAUGUCAUACUGCCAUCUGAUAUCGCUCUUUUUUUUUUUACAAACAUAGUAUAAUAAUUGUAUUUGUCGAUAGUAAAUUAGCCACUUUUUUUAUUUUUUCUGUCGAAUUUUAGACUAUUAUUUUUAACUUUUAUUGUGUAAUGAAUAUUUUGCUUAGUAAUAAUUAUUGUCCGAGCAUUUUCAAUUUAAAUUUUUUUUAUACUGCUCUUUAUUACUUGUACUUGUAACGGAAACACUCGAUUUUGAACGAUGACUACGUUAUCGCAUAAUAAAUAAUAUAUUUUAUCUCAUCACGUAAAUCUUCAUUUUUAUCAUUUUUGUUCAUUGGUGCGUAUUAAAAUGUAAUCUUAUAACUAAAUAAUGUGAAUUCCUUUAUUUAUAGAUAAUAUAUAGGAUAUCUGCAGUAAUGUGUAUUUUUUACUCCUAAACUUUUAUUUUAUUAUUUUUCUGUUUACCGUUUAGUGUUAAUAAUUAUCUGUCAUUCCUGUAUCCGAUGAUUUAUUAUAACGACUGCGGUCGUUAUAUAUAUUAUGUACCUAUAAUUAUACUACAUUUGUCUAUAUUAUAAUAUUUUAUACGAUAUUUUCAAAAUUAUUCAUAAUAAAUGACGAGUGUUUUCUUAUAUAUGUA